AUGGUUCAUCAUUCCUUCGGAGGAACCUUCGCCGAUUAUGGCGAGUCAACAUAUGUCGUCCUAAAGAUCUAUGUUUCCGGUCAAGGAAGGGAGCAUGAAUUGAACGUCUAUACGCAUAUGGACUCUAUUGAAACAGACCAUCCCGGCAAAAAGUUCGUUCGCAAAUUAUUUGAUCAUUUCUAUGUUGACAAAUGUGGAUUUCGCCAUCUUUGUCUGGUUCAUCAGCCUUUGGGCAUCAAUACGUCCGAAUUUCUGAGGCUUAGGAAUGACCGACGAGUGACGCUCGAAAGUAUCAAGUCUGUCAUCCAUAUCCAGCUGAACAAUCUUCUUCUUCCGGCACCGUCUCCUGCCGCGCUUUCUGCCUUUGAGGAGCAAGAAUUACAGAGACCCGCACCCAGGAAGAUCCUUGAAGACCGAACGAUAUACACAACCUCCCACCUCCCUGCGGGAGACGGUCUCCCUCUUCUUAGUGAUCCAGGAGAGGCCCGCUUUGGUGACGAGGAUCAUUCCGAGAGUAUCAUGCCUGACUACUAUCGCGCCCCUGAAGUCAUGCUCAAAUCGAACUGGGAUUACAAAGUUGAUAUCUGGAGUGUUGGCAUGGUGGCAUGGGAUCUAGUCAGCCCGAACACCAUCAUUGAGGGUAAAGUCAUAGAUGGCAUAUUUGACGACGGGGCUCAUAUCGCAGAACUUGUUGCAUUGCUUGGGCCUCCGCCGCCGGAGUUCCUGAAGAAGAUGGACAUGAGCUGGGUGUUCUGGGAUGAGUCCGGUAACUGGAAGAACUUGGUUCCAAUUCCCGACCGAACGUUCGAGAACUUGGCCGUCAACAUUCAAGAUGAGGAUGUCGAAGGGUUUUUGGGGUGGUUGCGGCGAGCCUUGCAAUGGAACCCUGCAGAUCGCCCAACGGCGCUGGAGCUUUUGAUGGACCCGUGGUUGAUGAAGGGGCUUAAGCUGCGAAAGAAGCCCGUGGACAAGCCUCACGAUGAAUGA